AUGGGCAGUCGUAGUGCCUCGUGUCGCGGGUGUCGCGGCGGUCAGCUGCGGCGCAGCCUUCUCUGGAGCAUUGCGGUUGCCGUCGUGGUGCUUGCCAUACUCGUAAGCGUCGCCACACCACCCGUUUUGGCUGAAACGGAGGAUGAUGCGUCACGGCAGCCGAUGGAUGUCCGCGGCACAGAAACGAUUGGCUCGAUAGCGCAUGCACCCGCGGCACAUAUAGGCGCACCGCAUGACCCACCCACGGAUAGCCCGCUUACACCGGCGGGCUCGGUGUUGCAUCACGACGGCGGAGCAUUGGGGGUAUCAGCGUCCACGCGCCACCGGCAGGAGCCCUGCGAAGGAGCUGUAGGGCACUCAUCUGAGCUGUGCACGGACACGGUAUCAGCAGGAGGGGCUGCAGAGAGCGACAGUGUGUCGAGUUCUGCUUCUCUCCUCCCAUCAGAGGCCUCGACAGAGGAGUCUGUCGUAGCGGAGCGCCACUGGUCUGAGCCGCCGCCGCUGCAACAAGAGGAUGUGCCGAGCCAAGCAUCACCACACGAUGCCCGGCACAGCGGCGAAGGAGGAGGCUGGCAACAUCAGCAGCAGCAGGCGAUAAAGCCGACAGACACUACGUCGUCACCUAUUUACACAGACGACACAGGUGCCCCGUACGCGGAUGACGCACCUGCUGCAGCUCCGGCUACAAGGCCCGCCACUGCUUCCAGCAACGAUGUCGGUGUAACCGCCGCUUCUGCUGAUGCGGUGCCGGAGUGGAGAGCUUCUCCUCCUGCACCACCACCACCCGAGGACCUUGCUACACCAGCGCAUUUAGAUGAACCGCACGCGUUUGAUGAGGCAGCUGCUUCCACCCUUGCAUGGGAGGAACGGGGCUCACUGGCAUCGCAGCAACCACAGGCGGAGGUGCAGGAAACAUACGACCUGCCUCAGAAGCCAGCGGACGAGGUUUCAGAUGGCGCCGCCGGGGUGACCAAGGGCUGGGAGGCUCACCGAAGCACUGCGCCAGACCGCGCAAGUGACGCCGCUCAGGCGGAGAGCCAGUCGCCUUUCGAGGGGGAUAGCCGGGAGCCGCACGAAGACCAGCAGGGCACUUUUCUCCACUGUGACGCGCACACCAUUGCACAAAGCACGCCUGCGUGCGAGGCAGGGGAGAGGCAGCAUGGGGCUGCCGCGGAGGCCGUGCAGCAGGAAGCCUCGUUAACAUCCACACCCGAAGCGACGCCCGCCUCGCCGGAGGCACCGACGACGGGGAGCACCUCAGAAGAGCCGCAGCAGACAUGGUCAGCUCACGCUCACGAGGUAGUGGAGGGCGGGGUGUCAUUGGACGCCUCUUCUGUCCCGGAGGCGCAGGUGCAACCGGCGCCUGUGCACCUCGGAAUGCACCAGCAGUGGACAGAAGGCCAAGAGGCUGGGGGCGAUGGUGCCACGCAUGGUGCAUGUGACACUACGGCUGAUGAUGAGGUUCUCGGCGGCACUGGAGGUGCCUCGGUGGAGGAGUCGACUGCAGAGGAGCACGCAAGUUCUGCGGAGCCUGCCACGUGCGCGGCGACUGCGGAGGCGUCCGGGACGGGAUGCUCUAGAGCGCUGCGCACCGACGACUCUCAGUCUGACGUCGUGGAAGCGGCGGCCGUUGUCACCGAGCAGGCACUUGCCGAGCGGCACGCGAACGGCGCCGGCCAAGACGGCGGUGAUGCGCCGAUAAGCUCUGAAGAGAGCAGUGAAGCUGCAGCCUAUGCGCAGCCGAUAGAGGGGCAGGCCGAGCGCGGCGACGCCACUCCUGUCGCAGAUGUCGACACUAUUAGUCAUGAAGAGGGGGUGAUAGGGUCGGAGGAGGCGGUCACCCAGGUUUGGGAUGGGCCAGAUGACACUGCUGCUGCUGCUACGGCUGAGAUUGCCCUCAAGGGGGAGACAGAGAGCGCUGCCAGAGAGGUUGCCGUUGACCUGGACGAGGUCGAUGGUGAUGGGCUGGAAAAGGACGAGGAGCAGCUUGCAUCCUCUUCAUCAGCCUUUGCCACUAUCAGCGCGCCCGGUGGCAGCACCGCCACGCGGUAUCGUCGUGACAAACACGAAGUGCAGCACCCUCCAUCCCCACCCCCGUCCCGACUCGCGCUCUCCUACCUCUACUACCACGCGCUGGAGGCCCUCUACGUGGACGAGAACGUCACACUUUUCGUGCAGCGCGCCCGCGAUGUGGCGCCGUACGGACAUGCGCGGCUGAACUGGCUUCUCGGCGUGCUGCACGCCUACGGUGUCGGUGUCCCUCGCAGCGAGCGAGAUGCGCUCAUGUACUACUCCUUCGCCGCCAUGGAGGCUGUCCCUGAGGCACACAUGGCGCUCGGGUACCGCUACAAGCUGGGCCUCGGUGUCGUGGCGAGCUGCGAGAGCGCGCUGGCGCACUACCGCGAGGCGGCGGACGCGGUGGCUAUGACGUACGAUGGAACUGCCGCUGCCUCGGGCGGUGGUGCCGAGCCGAUGACCGCUGGCGCGAAGACGGUUAGCAGCGGCAAGGGUGGCCACAGCGGGUCGAUGUCCUUUUUCGCCUACCGCGACGACGCCGCCGUGUCCGACAUGCGCAAGCAGCGCCGGCUGGAUCUGAUCAGCCUCAAGUAUCAGGCGGACGUUGGCAACGUGGAUGCGCUGCUCACACUAGGGUACGUGCUCCUCAAGGGUGACUACCAGGUGGUGCGCGAUGGCCGUCGCGCUGCCGCCUACUUUCAGACCGCCGCUCGAAAGGGUAGCGCACGAGCGCAUGGAGCGCUGGGCCAGCUGUACAUGGCCGGCGACCCUUCCAUCAGUCCACCACUGCUGCCCGACCUGCGGCGGGCCCUCCACCACUUCCGCCUUGGCGCUCUGCAGAACGAUGCGCUGUCCCUGAAUGGGAUGGGCUUCCUCCACGCUAUAGGGUACCUCUAUCAAGACAAGCAGCACAGCGCGACCGGCGCCGGCAGCAACGCGACAAAGGCGCCGGGCAGUAGCGACGAGGCUGCGGCGCCGCCGUCGAACGGACCGCCGGACUUCGCGACGGCGGCGCAGUACUUCUACCGCAGCCACUGCGCUGAGGGACUGUACAACCUCGGGGUCCUUUUUCUGCACGGUCGCGGCGUGACGUCAGACAAGAAGCAGGCGCGUCGUCUCUUCGAAAGGGCGGCGAAGCAAGGCAGCGUGCUCGCGCAGUGGCAGCUAGCGAACAUACUGAGCGAGGCCACCGAGGAUGGUGGCGCCCUACCGGCGGCAGAGUGCGAGCGGGCACUGGCGCUGUACCAGCGCACCGCGUCCUUUGGCACUUGGCAGCACCGCGCGCCAGGCAGCCGCUACUCGGGUGGUGGCGCCGGCGUGGGCGCUGAGAAUCCAGAUGUGCAGGGACAACAGGAGCGUCAUGGCCAGGUGAAAGGGAAGGUGGGUGUCGACGGAGGCCGCGACGCACGGCUGCUGGAGGAGACGCGGGCCAGCCGCGUGCCAUCGCAGGAUGGCAGCGGGAGCGAGGACGAUGGCGACGGCGCCGACGACGGCGAUGGUGUGGACCGUCUCGACGGCUUUGUGCGGCCGCGAUCGGAGGCUCAGUAUCGAGUGCUGCUCGCCGGCAUCCUUGACCGCCUGCACGCUGUGGAGGAGUCGCUGGUGUCCUCCGACGAGGACGAAGGCCCGACCACUACGUCACUGGCUUCCUUCGUUGAGCUGCUCAGCCUGGCCGAGACGGGCGACGCGGCCGCUUCCUGGUUGGCCGUCCAGUACGUGGAUGACUACCUUGAGGUGGCGGACACGCCACUGCCACAUGGCAGGCACGCCGGCAAGGGCGGUGCGGUCCCUCUUUUUUGGCCUUUGACCUCCGCUCCAGGAGGGACGUCGCAGUACCUCUCCGGCGAGGCGGCCACCAGUGCGCUGCUCUACCACCUGCUGCAGCGCACUGUGCUGCAUCACACGCACACGCACACGACACUCGGGGCUGCGUAUCUGCGCCUUGGCAACUUCUACUACUAUGGCGAGUCCCCAGAGUACGGGGUGGACAUGGAGCGUGCACUGGCGUACUACCGCAUCGCUGGCGAUCAUCAUCAUAACGCGCAGGCACUCUUCAAUGUGGGCUUCAUGUAUCAGCUGGGCCUGCACAAGGCCCCUCGCGCGACGCGGGUGGUGCGGGGCAUGUCUGCGCAGGAGGUGAUGGAGCGUUCUGAGGUGGUGCGGCACUACACCAGCGCCUCGGUAGGGGCCGAGUGGAAGGUGCAUUCAAACCCGCCCGAGUAUCUGCGGGCAUCGCCGGCCUCCCACCUCGCUCUCAAGGCCGCCGCAAGCGCGUGGAACCGUGCCAGCGCGGACCCGAUGGCGCGAGGCGUCGACGUGUACCUCGCAUGGAAGUACUACACGGCUUCGCUUAGGCAAGAGGAGCGGGGUUCGAUGGCGGUGCAGGUCGCCUUGGCGGUGCUCAACGUGCAGUGGUCUCUGCGACACUUCGGCAUUUCUCGGCUUCUGCCGCAGUUGGAGUCGUCCGCGUCGCUUGUUGAUUCACCUGCGGCCUCGGCCCACUCGGCAUCCUCCAUGGUGGAGGCAGGGACUGAUGAAGUGGACGUCACGCUAUCGACCGGUGCUGGGGGUGCGGAUCGGGUGUAUCAGGGCAAGCGCGACGUCCUUCACAGACCACUGAGCACGCUGACCACCACGCUUCAAGUGAUGUGGAACCGCCUCAUAGAGAACGCCGUGGACGCUUCGGGGACGAUGCUCUCAUGGUACAAGCCGUUGGAGGACGCGGUGCUGUACGGCGCCAUCUCCGUGGUUGUCAUCGGGCUUCUUGUUCGACAUCACGUGGCCUAG